UCAGAGGCUAUAAGAAUGGCGGCGCGGGGCGGGGAGUGGCGCGACGCGGAGCCGAGGCGGGGAGCACGGGUCCUGCUGCCCACCCGUGCCAUGGCGCCCUCCUUCCGCCCCGGCAAGGGCCGCCCGCCGCGGGGGGACGGCGCCGAUAGGAGGACGAGGAAGCCGCUGGUGGAGAAGAAGCGCCGGGCGCGGAUCAACGAAAGCCUGCAGGAACUGCGGGCGCUGCUGGCCGACAGCGAGUUCCAGGCGAAGCUGGAGAACGCGGAGGUGCUGGAGCUGACGGUGCGGCGGGUGCAGGCCGUGCUGGAGCGCCGCGCCCUCGAGGGCGGGCGGCUGCACCGCGAGGCCAGCGAGCGCUUCGCCGCCGGCUACAUCCAGUGCAUGCACGAGGUGCACACCUUCGUCUCCAGCUGCCCCGGCAUCGACGCCACCACGGCCGCCGAGCUGCUCAACCACCUGCUGGAGUCCAUGCCCCUCAACGACGGCGGCUUCCCGGACUUGAUUGCGGACGUUUUGGCAGAUCCCAGCCUGGGCCCCUGGCCUGCCAGCGAGGCCCUGGCACCAGCGGCCGAGGCCGCCCUGGGCCUCGCUCUCCCCGCCUCGGCACCCUCGCCUUGCCCCAGUGAAGAGACCUGCUCUGACUCGGAUGAGGCGGAGGCCGAGCCAGGCCAGACCUCCACCGACGGACUGGACGCUGCCCGGACGCAGGGCCUCCCUUCACCUAAUUUACCCAAAUCCAUGUGGAGACCCUGGUAACAGGAGGGCGCAGGAGUCAACGCCUAGCUACCUAGCGGGGAGAGCAGCCAGGCCCACGCUCCCCUCUGAGCAGCGCGGGGGUCACCCGCCCCUGUGCGCGGCCGGCAUCACUGCCUUUUAGGACUGCAUCAAUGGCACUCUUACGCUGUCAGACGCUGACAGGCUAAUAGCUAAAUGUGUUAACAUUUCAUCCGUGUGUAUGUGCGUGUGUGUGUGGCAUUUUGUAACUUUAGGGGUUGUUUUUUAUGAGGGGAUGGGGGGAGGAGGGAGUUGGCUUUUAGUAGCAAAGCUCUUUGGUGGAUAUGCAGCAGUUAUUUUAUAACCCUGUCACUUUCUCUUGGCCCAAUUAAGUGGCCAAAAUAUCACUACCUUUUAAGAAAAAGCCCUUCUGCAUUUGAAAUCAUGACGGUUAAUUCCAUGAGAAGCUCAGAUCAGUCUGCAUGCACAGUUUUAAGUGUUCUAGUGGUAGCAAAGAUCCCUGAAAGGGGUUGGUGUGGUUAGCAUCUGUACUCUGUAGCAGCCUAGACUCUCACCUUCAGUGAAGGAAAACUAGAAACCUAUUGGAUUUAGAUGAACAUUUAAAAGAUUGGUGGCAGGGUGCCUUUUAGAAAUGAGUGUUUUUAUGCACAUUUUGCUUUUAGCAUAUCUGAGUUUAUCAUGACUUUAUGUAUAUUAGGGUGUCAAAUGUUUUUUAUUUUUAAGCUUUAAUAAAAAACACUGAAUUCACAACUGA